AUGGUCACGACCGCCUUUGAUGAAGGGACACCGAAGUCUCUGGAUGCACUUGCUUUAACGGAUUCAAAAUGCUGUUAUUUCCUUUCAGAUCCGUGGAGAAACGCUGAGGAAGAUGCAGCGCAAGCGACGAGGAUUCUUGAGAAGCUACUGAAGACCAGACCGAUGACGACAUCUCCGGACGGAGAUGGAAAAACCGUAGCCAUGAAAGCAUUAGACGAAACGAUUGCAGCGACAAGCGGCCCAAACAUCAGACACAGAACCUCAGACACGGGUGUCAAUAAUACACUUAAGCCACUAACUCUUCUUUCUGAAGGACACGAGGAGAUUCGUGAUGGUUCUCCGAGGACCGACCGCACGACCCGCUCACCUGAUUCCCAGCGGCAUGCCGAGAAGAACCGACCGCUCAGACCGUCAAAGCCGAUCGAUUCAAACGAAAACGACACUCCGCCAGCGGCCGACCGAUCGGACCCGGUCACCGCUCGGGAGGAGCUGGUGAAGAUGCUGGGUGCUCUUGAAGAGCUUCACAAGUUGAUGAACCGCACACUGAGCCAUCGAAUCACCAUCAUAACCAGAGGAAACAGCAACGGACUGAGUACUGGGAAGAAGAACAAAAUGACAGUCACGGACGGAAACCUGAAAUCUACCACAGCGACCACUAUAGACGGUGGUGGGAUUUCACCGAAGGCCAGCACUGAUCAAAUGGAUCCCAAGCUCAACGGAAAAGCCUAUAAAAAGUCUCUUCCGUCAGCUAAGAAAACCAACAAGCGAGUGUGCUUCUGGAAGUACUGCUCUCAGAACUGAGACGAGCUUCCCAUUUCUCCCUCGUUUCACCAAGCAACAAAUCCUGUUCUCAAACAGAGAUGCUUAAACUCUUCCCAAAGGACCGUCAAUAACACGACUGACCCCUCUGACCUCUGUGACGUGUGUACCUUUGACUUUGUGCACGAAAUGCUCUUAACCUUUCACCUACAACACCUUCGUUGUUGCAAGCCCCAAUAAAAGCGAGAAAGCAUGCAAAAAAUACUGUGAUAAUAAAGAGAACUUUAUUUUUCUACGGAUAUCUCUCUCGGUGGUCAUUGCAAAGUGUUUAAAGAGUGAGCUCGAAGGCAGAGGUCACUAUGGCGACGAAGUCGACUGGAAAGACAAAGCUGUUGAUAUUACGCCGUCGAAAUCGAUCUGAUUGCUCAAAUAGUUGCCGUCGCUUGGGCGACGCUCAUCGAGACCCGACAGAAGACCAGACAACGAGUCAUUUCGCUCGUAUCUUCACGCGGCGCUCGUUCAUCACACGGGAAGGAAAUUAAAAACCAUUGAGGCUUAAUGAUGAAUUCUGAUUGGUUUAUUUAAAGUCUCCUCGCCCAGAGCUUCAUAAGGCGUUCGCGCAAGGUUACAUAAAUAGCGUGCUUUCACAGGUUUGGCGCAUCGAUUACAAAACAUCAAAAAUCAAAGAGGAAGGAAGAAACCAUCGGAAAGACGAAUCCGUGGCCAUCGGUAACGUAAUUAGCAAACGUGUGGGUAAUAGCCUCGCGUGAUGAUACAAAAGGAGAGAUUCAUUAAACACGUACGGUGAGAUUGUAAAAUAAACGUGAUUUCUUUAAAU